AUGAAGUCAUCGCUUGCACUAGGGGCUCUGGCUACAGCCACAUCCACCGCAGCCGCCACAGCAAGGCAGAUCUGGAACUUCACCGACAUCAUCACGAUUGAGAACAGUGCUCUGCGCUCAAACGGCCAGCUUCUUCUCACAACUUUCACCAACGCGAGCUUGUACUCUCUGGACACCCUUGCCCGCAGUCCCAAGGCCGACCUCGUCGCACAGCUGCCAGGCGCAACCGCCAUCGGCGGCAUUGCUGCGAUCGGUGCCGACAAAUACGCCAUUGUGGGCGGCAUACGUGGUAACUACAGCUACACCAAUGAGACUAUCUACACUGUAGACUUUAGUGGGAACCUCUCGACACCCACCGUGAAGAUCGUGGCGACAGUUCCCGGCGCUACCAUGUUGAAUGGACUGGCCUCGUUGCCCUCAUUUCCUCACAUCGUCCUCGCUACCGACUCCCGGCAGGGCAAUCUAUGGCGCAUCGAUACGGAUGUAGGGACUGCCGAGAUCGCGUUCGCAGAUGAUCUCUUUGCUGUGCCGGCGGGCGCGGUGACACCGCUUGGUGUCAACGGAAUCAAGAUCGCCGGUGGUUACGUAUACUUCACAAACACUGGUCAGUAUAUCUUUGGGCGAGUCCCGAUUACUGAGGAUGGGUCGAAGGCUGGCGAUGCGGAGGUCAUUGCCAAUGCUACGAACGGUUAUGACUGGGACGACUUCGCCAUUGACACGGCAGGUAACUUCUAUACUGCGCAGACACCAAACGCAGCUGGACAGGUUUCCCUGGAUGGAACCUACGGUACACUUGCGGGAGGUGAAAACAGCACGUUGUUUCACCGGCCAACGUCGGUAACAGUCAGUGAAAACACCAAGAAAUUAUACGUGACGACCGGAGGAAAUACAAUAAAUGGGAUUAUGUACAGUGGACAGGUCAUUGAAGUGCAACUGAAAAAGAACACCAGUCUGAGUACAUAG